AUGCGUGCAUUGGGAUUUGAGUCAAUAGUCGCCGAUGGUGUUUUCCUUAUAAACUUUGUAUCAUAUUAUCAAGAUUCUAAAUUAGCUCGUGAUUGGACAGCUGAGGCCGAUUGGAAGAGGAGGGGUUUUUAUCCUGGUCCACAAUUUGAAACUUUGGAUAAUGAUAUCCAAGUUCUUUUUGAGAAAUAUUUGGAGGAACGGGGUAUAAAUACAACUGUAGCUCUUUUUAUUUCAAAUUACGUGGAACAUAAAGAGCAAAAAGAUAUCUGA